AUGCAGCCGUUCAGCAUUCCCGUUCAGAUUACACUCCCGGGUGGCCGGCGACGCCAGGGGAGGGCGGCCUCUUCUGCCUCAGAGAGGAAGAGAAAGGUAGACCACAAUGAUGGAGACCCACCAGAUGUGCACAAGAAGCUACCGUCCAGUGCUGGGGAGGACCGAGCCAUGCUGCUAGGGUUUGCAAUGAUGGGCUUCUCAGUCCUGAUGUUCUUCUUGCUUGGAAUAACUAUCCUAAAGCCCUUCCUGCUCAGCACUCAGAGAGAAGAAUCAAACUGCACUGUCGUCCACACACAUGUCACGGAUGACUGGGUGGCCUGGGCUUUCACCUGUGGCGUGGACUGCCGAGGUCAGGGCCAGUACCCAUGUCUUCAGGUGUUUGUGACCCUCACCCAUUCAGGCCAGAAAGCUCGCCUACAUUAUAACAAAGAGGCUGUCCAGAUAAAUUCCAAGCAUGAUGUUACAGACUGCAAAGUUCAAGAAAAGCAGACAUUGACAGUUUCCGAUGAGCACAAACAGUAAGUGCAGUCACAGGCCAAACUUCUUGCUAGGAACAGCAAGACUGGGAGGUCGUCUUAA